AUGAUUUAUACAACACCAACUGUUGUUCCAGCUCAUCAACAACAACAAGUUCAAUUCCCACAAACACAUUCAUCUUCUUCACCUGUUAAAAUUGAAACCACCUUACCUUCAAACCCACCAUCUGCAUCUUCACAAGCUUCUUCGCCAACAUCAACACAUCAUAGUUCACCAAUCCAUCAACAAGCACAAUUCCCUAUCCCACCACCACAACAACCAAUUCAAGUUCCUGUUCAACCAACAGCUCCAGUCUUGGUGACACCAGCACGCACACCUAAACCAUCAUCAAUCCCAGCAUCAAAAUCACCAAUUGGCGGUUCAACAUUAACAUUCAGAUUGAAGAAUAAACAACCACCAACAAUCAUUCAAUCAGACUACCAAUCAACAUCAACAAUGACACCAGUGUCACAUUCAUCAAGAACUAGACAAAAACCAGUCAUGAAAGUGAAUCCUACACCAUCAAAAUCAUCACCUGUUAAAACUAUUGAAAAGGAAAAUGUGUCACCAAAUAGUUCACCAUUGAAAAAACAACAAUUGGAAAAUGGUAAAGAACGUAUUGUUUUGAAAGAGUUGAGUUUUAAUCCAAAGGGUAAACCAAAUAAAAAAGAUGAUGAAGAUCAAUGUGUGGCGAAUUUAUUGAAUUUGAGAAAUUGGAAAUGA